AGAUAUGGCCGUUCUAGGAUGACCAUUCGCUCUCGUCGCAACCAACCGCCGUCCAAGAGAAGAGGGGGGGAUGGGAAUGGAACAGCGGAGCCUGCUUAGCCAAUCACCGCACUCUUCUUGGAGAGCCCUAGAACUUCACUGGCCAAUCAGAGCUAGAGCAGGCGCGGCUGAGAAUCGGAAGACGGUGCUUCUUCGCGGGGGAAAAUUUGCAGAAUUCGAAACGAGCAGAAGCAGAGGAACGAGGAAAAGCACUUGACGAAGAAUGUAGUUCCUGAGCCUGUGCAGAGCGCCUCUCCCGUCCUCUUCUCAAGACUCUUCCAUUGAAAGCCAGGCAUGUAAUCAAAACUGAGCAGGAGCCAAGAUAGAUCAUUCUUAACCUUGUGCAGUGUUAAAAAAAAAAAUACUAAUAAUAAGACGGGCAGCUCUUUUAAGAGAAUGUAAUAAGGAUGGAGCCGGAUUCCAAGCGACGGAAGACAGUGGAGCCCAACGGUGCCUCCUCUUGGGAAGUGCAGCCUGUUCUUUCAGAGCAGGAAUCACAGGGCAUUAGGCUCAUGCCGGUCUAUGCUGCCCCUGUCCUGGAUAAGAAAGAGACCUGUCGCCUGGCCAAAGAGAUCUCUGCUGUCUAUCCGUUGAGUGACUAUCCUCAUUUGAAACGUAUCCGGGCCUGUCUCUCUGCAGGCAGCUCCCACCCGCUGGAGAUGAUCUUAUGCCUUGCAGGCCUCAACGGAGAGCAGGCCGGCUUGCGGUCUCUCGCUGAACUCUUUCCCAGUGGCCAAGUAGACUUCUGUGGUUUGGGGAAACCUUUCUUGGUUCACGUGCCGGCCUGUGCGCCUUUGACUCGUCCCCAGUAUGAGGAAGCUGUGUCGCACUGGCCAGUCUCCUUCCACGAAAACAAGCGGAUCAGCCAAGCUUUGAAGGGCUGCCUUUUCUCCCCCCUGGAAAGGAAUCGCAUGCAGAGUUACAUGGAAUUGGCCAUCCAAGCAGCUCAGCAGGGAGCGAGGCAGGGUAUGGAGCCCGUAGGAGCUGCCGUGGUGGACCCGGCCACUGGCCGAGUUCUGGCUGUUGGUCACGACUGUAGAGAGGGCUCCAACCCACUUCUCCAUGCUGCCAUGGUCUGCAUUGACUUGGUGGCUCACAGCCACGGAGGGGGAGCUUACGGCUUCAAAGAUUAUCCUGCUUGCACUUUUCUUCGUGCGGACAACACUGCCCAAUCGCCUCUUUCUCUUGAGGAUGGCCUUCCGUACAUUUGCACCGGGUACGACAUAUACUUAACUCGGGAACCGUGCCUGAUGUGUGCCAUGGCGCUAGUGCACUCCCGCAUCCAGCGGGUCUUCUAUGGAGCGCCAUCCCCUCAGGGGGCCCUGGGCACAACACACCACAUCCACAACCGGAAGGACCUCAAUCACCGCUAUGAAGUCUUCCGAGGCAUUCUGGAAGAUCAGUGUAAACGCUUGUCGCGGCUUUACGAUCACAAGGAAUUGGCGUGAGAGAGAAUUUCUAGUGCAGUGGUUCUCAACCUUUUUAAUGCCGCGACCCCCAUUCGAGGACUACUCAACCGGUCGUAAGUCGAGGACUACUCAACUGGUGCAGCACCGUUUGCAGAAUGGGACUUUUG